CGGCCAUGCCGCGUCUGCUGCUGCCGCUCCUGCUGCUGCUGUCGCUGGCCGGGGGCCUCGGGCUCCGCGAGGCGGGAAGACGACACCCCGAGUGCGGCCCGUGCCGGCUGGAUCGCUGCCCUGCGCCCUCGCCUUGCCCAGCGCCCUGGAUCGCCGCGCGCGACCAGUGCGGCUGCUGCGCCCGCUGCCUGGGCGCCGAGGGCGCGAGCUGCGGGGGACCGGUGGGCGCUCGCUGCGGCCCUGGCCUGGUGUGUGCGAGCCGCGCCCCGGGGACGGCGCCCGAGGGCACCGGGCUUUGCGUGUGUGCGCAGCGCGGCGCCGUCUGCGGCUCCGACGGCCGCUCCUACUCCAGCAUCUGCGCGCUGCGGCUGCGCGCCCGGCACGCACCCCGCGUGCACCCUGGCCAUCUGCACAAGGCACGCGAUGGCCCCUGCGAGUUCGCUCCUGUGGUCCUCAUGCCACCCCGAGAUAUCCACAAUGUCACCGGGACUCAAGUGUUCCUGUCCUGUGAGGUAAAGGCUGUACCCACGCCGGUCAUCACCUGGAAGAAGGUUGUGCGUUCUCCAGAGGGCACCGAGGGCUUGGAGGAGUUGCCUGGAGACCACGUCAAUAUAGCUGUAGAGGUUCGAGGCGGCCCUUCUGACCAUGAGACCACAUCCUGGAUUUUGAUAAAUCCUCUGAAAAAGGAAGAUGAGGGAGUGUACCACUGUCACGCAGCCAAUGCCAUUGGAGAGGCCCAGUCCCACAGCAUGGUGACAGUCCUCGACCUGAGCAGAUACAAAAGCCUCCGCUCCCCAGUUCCAGCUGGCCUCCUGUGAUGAACUGGGUUUCUGGAGACACUGGUCACAAAGCGAUGGAUGAAGGAGUGGAUCGUUUAGGGAACAUUUGGGGAAACUGCCUGUAGAUGACGGCUUUUUGUAUUUUUUUUUUUUUAAGGAAUGCAAACUAGAUUCUUACACAGAUGUAGUUUUUAGCAGAGCUGACCUUGGGGGUCCGGACAUGCAUGCAGCUUUUUUUUUACACUUUUGGAGUGAAUUGUUCUAGAACACAAUUCUUUUUUAACUCUUCUGUCCCGGGAAAGG